GCAGCCACUGAGGGCAGUGAUUGGCUCUUCUGUGUAUCUGUCAAAAAAGGAGUCCUUGACGGAAACGGUGAUUGGUCGCACCGGCCGUCUGACAGCCACACUAGGUAAAACACAACGCGCUCUGGGCUUAUUGAGCCUGCGCUAACAGAAAAGAGGAGGUUCCCCGAAUAGUCAUUUAUUUAUUUCUUUGUUUCAAGUGGGGAAAAAAAUAAUAACAACAGCGAUAUAUAUCACAAGCACCUUUAUUUAUUAUCUCUGUCCGCACACGCAAGAAAACUGGAUAAGAUUACGGCGGGUACUCGAAGGCCAAAGCCAAGUGGAGGAGGAUGAAGCGGCGCAAUGCGGACUGCAGCAAACUCCGACGGCCGUUAAAACGGAACCGAAUCACCGAGGGGAUAUACGGCAGUACCUUCCUGUACCUGAAGUUCCUGGUGGUCUGGGCACUGGUGCUACUGGCAGAUUUUGUACUUGAGUUCAGGUUUGAGUACCUCUGGCCAUUCUGGCUCUUCAUCCGGAGCGUGUACGACUCCUUUAGAUACCAGGGGCUGGCCUUUUCAGUAUUCUUUGUGUGUGUGGCGUUUACCUCGGACAUCAUUUGCCUCCUCUUCAUCCCAGUGCAAUGGCUGUUCUUUGCUGCCAGUACCUAUGUGUGGGUGCAGUAUGUUUGGCACACAGAGAGGGGGGUCUGUCUACCCACCGUGUCUCUAUGGAUACUCUUUGUGUACAUCGAGGCAGCCAUCAGAUUCAAAGACCUGAAGAACUUCCACGUGGACCUGUGUCGCCCUUUUGCUGCACACUGCAUCGGCUACCCCGUGGUCACGUUGGGCUUCGGCUUCAAGAGCUAUGUAAGCUAUAAAAUGCGCCUCCGGAAGCAAAAGGAGGUGCAGAAGGAGAAUGAGUUUUACAUGCAGCUUCUACAGCAGGCUCUGCCUCCAGAGCAACAGAUGCUUCAGAGGCAAGAGCGCGAAGCCGAAGAAGCGGCGGCGGCAGCUAAAGGUAUAUCUGAAGUGGACACACCUCCAGUGUCACAGAAUGGCGCCCCAGUCAAUAAAAAGACAUUGGCACAACUGCCGGAGCUAGAAUAUAGAGAAAAAGGGAAAGAGGGACGAGGGGAAGCUAAAAAACAGCAUAACAGCAUCCUGCCGUCAUCAGUGGACUCUAAACUCCAGGAGAUGGAGUAUAUGGAGAACCAUAUGAAUAACAAGAGACUGAACACAGAGCUGGGCAGUACAGAGAACCUGCUCCUUAAAGAGGACAACAAUUCCUCCUCCUCUUCUUCUUCCUCAUCGUCGUCCUCCAAAAAUUGCAAAAAUGCCAGCAGCAACACUGCGGCGCUUAACUCCUCGCCCCGCGGCCACAGCACCACCAACGGCAGCGUCCCCACGCCCACGUCGUCGUUCGCGGGGAAGAACGAGAAGAAGCACAAGCUACUGGUGAAAGGAACGUCGGGCGGCUCCCACAGGGACCCCACCGACAACUGCAUCCCCAACAACCAGCUCAGCAAGCCGGAAGCACUGGUUCGACUGGAGCAGGAUGUCAAGAAGCUGAAGGCGGACCUACAGGCCAGCCGGCAGGUGGAGCAGGACCUGCGCAGCCAGAUCGGCUCACUGGGCAGUGCCGAGCGCUCUAUACGCACUGAGCUGGGCCAACUGCGGCAGGAGAACGAACUGCUGCAGAACAAGCUCCAUAAUGCUGUGCAGGCAAAGCAGAAGGACAAACAGACAGUGGGCCAACUGGAGAAGAGGCUCAAAGUGGAGCAGGAGGCCCGAGCUGCCGCCGAGAAGCAGCUCUCAGAGGAGAAGAAGAGAAAGAAGUUAGAGGAGGCCACAGCAGCCAGAGCAGUAGCACUAGCAGCAGCAUCCAGAGGGGAGUGCACAGACACGCUGCGGCGGCGGAUCACUGAAUUAGAAACGGAGUGCAAGAAAUUAACAAUGGACAUCAAGCUAAAGGAGGACCAGAUCCGAGAGCUUGAGUUAAAAGUGCAGGAGCUUCAUAAAUAUAAAGAAAACGAAAAAGACACAGAGGUGCUGAUGUCAGCGCUGUCAGCCAUGCAGGACAAGACCCAGCACCUGGAGAACAGCCUGAGUGCAGAGACCAGGAUCAAACUGGACCUCUUCUCUGCACUCGGGGACGCCAAGAGGCAGCUGGAGAUCGCACAAGGUCAGAUCCUGCAGAAGGACCAGGAGAUCAAAGACCUGAAGCAGAAGAUAGCAGAAGUGAUGGCCGUCAUGCCCAGCAUCUCCUACACAGCCGACACCAGCAGCAUGACCCCCGUGGCCCCCCACUACUCCUCAAAGUUUAUGGACACCAAUCCCUCCAGCCUGGACCCCAACGCCUCCGUUUACCAGCCUCUCAAAAAGUGAACACCCCCGCCCUCGCCCCCGUCCCCUCCACCUCGCCAUCCAUCUUCCUGUCCUUUUUACUGCUCCUGCAGGCCCGCAACCUCACGGCUGAGAACCUGAGGGUUUUUUUUGUUUGUUUUUGUUUGGGUUUUUUUUGGUUUGGUUCUCUCCUUGCCAGGUCAGAAGGAUGUUGUAUUGUGUGACUGUAUUUGUUGUAGUUAAAACAAAAGAAAACUUAAAAAACAAACAAACUUGAAAAUCCCACAUCAGCUAGGAAGCCCCCGUUUUUCUUUUAAGUGUCUAGUGAAACCUCACAGAAUCGAGGAUCGCUCUCACUCCUCACCUCCGGGGAGCAGUUGCUGUAUUUUUCUUUUCUUUUUGGGUUUAUCAUUCCCUCCACAAACUGGAAAACGGAGCCCUCCUUGAUUCUACAGCCUGACUUGUAAUCCAAAUUAAUUUUAACAGCUGUUCUCCCGAGAUAGCAUCAGAGGAAUGUAAUGCACUCAUGACACCAACUCAACCUCUUUUAUUUAAAAAGAAAAAACAAUUUGGACACCAAAUUGACCCUGCUCUAAGCUGCGUUGGGGAUGUGCUGGCGGUAAACAGUUUUUAAGCUGUCUAAACUGGAUUUGUUCUUUGUUUUUUGUUUGAAAGGGGGUAAAAAGUGACAGCAGUUUGGUUUUCCCUCUACAUUCCCACACCCGGUUGCAGAAACAAGUCUGCUUUCCACUGCUCUGCAUAAUCCUGCAUCACGAUUCAUGAUCACAGUGCCUUGAGGACAUGAGUUUAAUGAGAUGCUGCCCGAACCUUCCGAAUGCGUUGAAGCAUCUGGCUAAGCUGGAAGAGAUCAGUUUAGUGGGACUAAAAACACAGAUUUGUUGAUCGUUGUGCUCUCUGGACGGCAGCCUUGUAAUAAAAUGAAUCAGAUAUGUUUGACAGCAACAUAUUCGAGUCACUCUGACAGACGAACCCCCAAAUGCUUUGGUUUAGCUGCUGCCCCCCUCUUUUCUUUUCUCACUGUGGAAAGCACACGUUGCUGUUUGAAAGGGAAAACUGUAAAGAUGGACUGUGCAAUGUUUAAAAAAAAAAAAAAAAGUAAAAAAAAGGAGUUGAGUUAAUUUAAUUAACUUCCACUUUGGUUUGUGUGCCAAGACUGGAAUUCCUGUGUUGAAGAAUGUACUGUGAACGCAUUGGCUAACACUUUAACAGCGGUUUCUGUUAAGGAGUCUAUGGGCAGUGGUGACCUGUGGUGUAGUAGAGGAAGGUGUAUAGUUGACAGUAAGGGACUAGAAGUUUCGUGAAUGUCACCGUAUUUGCAGCAUCUGGCGAGUGGCUGCUUUUUCUUUUCCUCCUGUUUCUGCUCUUCUCGCAGUUUUCCCGCAGGGAGAGAAGAAAGUUCUCGAGUCUGAUGUGGUUUCACCGUCAUUGUUGUGCGUGUGGUUUUCACCUUACUGUGUAUGGAGACGCUUGUUUUUUCUUUCUUUUCUCACUCGCUCAGAUUGCUGUCAUUGGCUUCUUGGAAAAUGUUGUGACAAAUUUACAUUUUAGUUGGUUGUUUGUUCAGCUGAAUGUGGAAAGAAUAGAUUUUGUUUUUGUUUUCUUUGCCCAAAGUCACAGUUCGGUUGCCCCCCACCCUCCCUCUCUACCCCUCCUCCAGGUCUGACCUUGGCUGCGCUCUCGCUCUGUGAGGUUUACAAGAAAUAAACUUUUUUUUUUCUUGCAAACUGA